AUGCCCUACAAUUUUUUUUACCACUUAUCUAUAUCUCCUCCCUUUUACUGGGCACCCAUUUUUGUAACUUUUUACUCUUUUUAUUCUCCCUCACUCUCACCAACCUCCAUUUAUUCCUUUGUGUCUCUGACACCUUUUUACUUUCUCUUUUGUUGUUUCCUUAUUCUUGUUUCUCUCUGUCUCUCUCUCUAUUUCUCCCACUCUCUUUCUAAUCUCCUUUUACUUCUCUCUAUCUCCUUCUUUGGCUCUCUUCUUUUGUCUCAUUUUUUCUGUCUUCUUUAUUCUUCCUCUCUCUCUAACAUCACUUUACUACUCUGUAUCUCCUACAUCUUACUGCACUCCAUCUUUUCUUUUGUUCUCCACUCUUACUAUACCUCCUCUCCCUCUCUCUAUACAGCUUUUACUUUUUCUUUCUUUGAUAUCUUCUUAUUUUUCCUCUCCCUCUCUCUAUAUACAACUUUCACAUUACAUAACACACAUUUUUCUUUCUUUUUGAUCUCUUCUUAUUUUUCCUCUCCCUCUCUCUAUAUACAGCUUUCACUUUUUUCUUUCUUUUUGAUCUCUUUUUAUUCUCAUUCUCCCCCUCUCUAUAUACAGCUUUCACUUUUUUCCUUCUUUUUGAUCUCUUUUUAUUCUCAUUCUCCCUCUCUCUAUAUACAGCUUUCACUUUUUUCUUUCUUUUUGAUCUCUUUUUAUUCUCAUUCUCCCUCUCUCUAUAUACAGCUUUCACUUUUUUCUUUCUUUUUGAUCUCUUUUUAUUCUCAUUCUCCCCCUCUCUAUAUACAGCUUUCACUUUUUUUUCUUUUUUUGAUCUCUUUUUUUCUCAUUCUCCCCUCUCUAUAUACAGCUUUCACUUUUUUCCUUCUUUUUUGA